CUGUCUUGUGGAACAGGAGGGCUUUGUGAUGCAAUCUGGUGGUUUGGAUCCCUCUUCUGUGAGGCAGAAAUGACAAGGUGUAGAAUCUGGAGGCAUUAGGUUUCAAGACAGUGAAAGACUAGGGAGAGGGAUGGCUAGUGAGGUUUAGAUCAUGUUGAGUCCUACCUUUGUUUUGUGGGAUGUUGGAUAUCCCUUAUACACCUAUGGAUCCAUCUGCAUUAUUGCAUUAUUUAUUUGGCAAGUGAAAAAGAGCCACCAAAAAUUAAGGUUGGGACCUAACAGGAGCUGUUGCCGGUGUCACCAACGAGUCAAAAAAAAAAGUCUAGAGAUACAACAUCAAAAGAAUGAGGAACUAGUUUUACAACCCUACGGAAGUCACUUCAACUCUCAGUCUUGUUCUCCACAAAAUGGGCAUCUGAUGAUCCUUCCUCACUCCCAGUGUGAUGCUAGGAGAACUUCCCAGGAAAAAGCCGAGAAGUUGUGGAAGCUGCUCUUUCUCAUGAAAAGCCAGGGCUGGCUUCCUCAGGAAGGAAGUGUGUGGUGAAUCCUGUGUGCGGAACCCUGCUGCCAAAUCUGCAAUGCUAUGGCCCCGGAUAUUCAGCAAUUGCUGGCGAGUGAGAACAGCCUGAUCUCCCUGACUUCACUGGGGCCAUCACAGGGCUCCUCUUGCCUAGAGGCUUUGUCCACUUCUAGCGUGUCUUUUGAGCAGAGUCAGGAUCUGGGUUCCGAGAAAUCCAAAGAGCAUUCACUGGCAUCUGUAACAACAACACUGUCACAAUUAACGGAUCAGAAAUCUUUAACCCAGUCAGCAACCCAGUCAGCUGGUGCAGACAGCAUCCAAGAUUCCUGGGCUGAUCACUUUCAGUGAGGUCAGGGAUCUCGUCCUGCUGUGUCCCAGGGCAUGGGAUCUCUGUCUUCAAACUUUGAGAAGCAUGGAAUUCCUCUGAGCCAGCAGGAGAGCAAGGAAAACAACUCCAAAUUUGUCCUGGAGGACCAACAAGCUCCAGAAGUUCACUUGGAUAACAAGAUGAAGCUGUUUCUGCACUGGAUUAACCCUGAAACGAAAGAUCGAAGGCAUGAAAAAUCCAUUCUUCUUUCUAAAGUGACCCAAGACAGGACAGAAAACACUGAGAAGAGUCCAACUGUCACGAAAGAUCAUGUGUGGGGUGCUACAACAGAGAAGACAACAGAGGACCCUGAGGCUCAGUCUCCCUCUACUGAGAAAGAAGGCCUGAUCUUCCGUGAUGCCCCCCAGUACCUAAAUAAUCUGUUCUAGUGAUACUCCCUUUAGUCAGCCAAUCCUGGGUCCUGUGCCACUCUUACAAAUGCUCCAAACUCUGUCCUCAAAUUACUUGUGCCACUCAACCAGGAAAUCUAUCCCACGUCUCAGCUCACCUCAGCAGAAGGCAUUGGUUUAUACAAGAAUACUCAUUCCAAGAAAAAGGAGUUCAUAAGUUCCUGAACCUCCGCAUCCCCCUGAAAAAGGCUUUCAUUGUCAUUCCCACUAACAAGCAUGUGAAGCAGGGCAUUCUCCAAAUAUACUUUAUACCUUUAAGCAA